AUGGCUGGGGGCGUUGCAACGUUGGCUGGAGGCGUUGUAAUGGAGGUUGGACGCGUUGCAACGGAGGCAGUGUGCGUUACAACGUUGGCCGGUGACGUUGCAACGGAGGCAGGUCGCUUUGCAACGGAUGCUGGGAUCGUUGCAACGGAAGCUGGGGGCAUUGCAACGUUGGCUGGGGGCGUUGCAACGGAUGCUGAGCGCGUUGCAACGUUGGCUGGUGACGUUGCAACGGAGGCAGGGCGCGUUGCAACGGAUGCUGGUGACGUUGCAACGGAGGCAGGGCGCGUUGCAACGUUGGCUGGGGGCGUUGCAAUGGAGGCAGGUCGCGUUGCAACGGUUGCUGGGUGCGUUGCAACGUUGGCCGGGCGCGUUGCAACGGAGGCAGGGCGCGUUGCAACGGAUGCUGGUGACGUUGCAACGGAGGUAGGGCACGUUGCAACGGAUGCUGGGUUAGGUGCAUAGUUGGCUGGUUUCGUUGCAACGGAGGCA